GUUUUUGUGUGGCCAUAAAAUUGAUACAGUUAUUUCAAAAGAGCUGAAGGUCGGAGAUGUUAGAGUUCUAUGCCAAAAUAAAUGAGAUGUAAACAGCAAUGUUGACGUUAAAGAUCAGUUGAUGUCAUAUCACCAUAGUUAUCCCAAGAGGCUGAAUAUUAUGGGUUGUUCAAUUGAACUUGCCGUGUUCUUUCCACUAUUGCUAGCUGUAGUAGCAGCUACAUCAAGUCGACAGUCGGUUCGUCUUGCCGGCAGUCCCCCCAACACCACAGGUAUUAAUGAAGGACGUAUUGAAGUAUUAGAUAAUGGAGAAUGGAAAGAUGUAUGCCACAGGAACUGGGAUCAGAGGGAUACAGGAGUGGUCUGUAGACAACUAGGACUCCCUGGUGCUGCAUUUGCGAUGGUAGAAGCUUACUACGGUAGCGGAACUAACAACAGAUCAAUACAGAAAUUUGACUGUAAUGGAGAUGAAGCCACUCUACAAGAAUGCAAGUUUAAGGUAGCUGAUAAAACUUGUAGAGACGGAGAAACGGCUGGAGCAAGCUGCUUCCUGCCAGGUUAUCUAGGAUGUUACCUGGAUAGGACAGUAGGGAGUGUCCUCAGUGAUGCAUCAUUGACUAGCGAUGACAUGACCAUUCGCAAGUGUCUUCAAUUCUGCUAUGAUAAAGGCAUGAGAUACGCCGGGUUAAGGGAAAACACCGGCUGCUACUGCGGGAGAAAUGGAACGGAUUACUCUUCCUGGGGUAAAGUAAGCGACACCAACUGUAUGUUGCACUGCGGUGGCAACCAGGCUGAAGUUUGUGGUGGCAAGACAACAUGGUUCUGGACAUCCUCUAUUUACGACAUUGAUCUUGCCCGCUGUGCCAAACCUAAAGAUCCGUCUUAUGGGUUUGUGAAGGAUCGAGGAGCUCUGUGGUACGGUAUCGAGACGACGUUUGGAUGCUUAGAUGGUUACAGGCUGGACAGGGAAGAAACGCUGACGUGUGUCUUGGGAAAGGAAAACAGCGAGUUGCUUCUGGAGGGUGAUUACCCAACAUGCUUGGAAAUUCCUGAUCCAUCGAGUCGGAAUAAGUUGGAUGAAUCCAACCGAAUCGAAGCUCAUGCUGUUUUCCUUAAAGGUGCUACAGGGACAUCAACAGCUGAAGAAGCCUCCUUUAUGAGAAUAAUCAUGGGGAUUGUGGUCGGAUUAUGCGUCUGCCUUGUGAUUUUUGUUUCCAUUGUCGUCAUCUAUAAAAAAGAAAGGAAAAUAAAGGGCUCUCCAAAGAUCAAGCAGCAAGAGGAAGGAAACGACAAUGCGACUGGGUACCACUUAGCCAAUGGUACAUCGUCAGCAGCUGAUACUAAGCUUUAAGGGUUGUGGGGUGUAAAGGAUUUGGUGAGAAAUAAACAGAGGCUUUCACCUCACUGAGGUAUUUUUAAAACCCCUCUAAUGUCCAUAUUACAUGAAAGCUACAUUAAAGGCACUGGACACUAUUGGUAAUUACUCAGAAUAAUUAUUAGCGUAAAACCAUACUUGGUAACGAGU